CCACAUGUCAGCAGACAUCUUGUCAGAAUGGAGGCAGUUGUGUCCCGCAAGAAAACUCCUUCGUUUGCAUGUGUACGUUAUUCUGGACAGGAGACUACUGUGAGACAGACAUCAAUGAAUGUGUGGAAAACAACCCGUGUGCUGCUGACCGCAUCUGUAUCAACUUGCAAGGAAGCUACUUGUGUGGAUGUCAAGCCGGCUUCUUUCUUGUUGGAGACACCUGCAGAGCCACAUCGGAGUUCAGGGGGUCAUUUGCCAUCACGCGCAUUGGUAGCUCAGAGGCUAUAUUUACCCGGGAUCUUGAAGACCCAACAUCGGACCAAUACCAGAGAAUAGCUGGAGAUGUCAUUGGUGUGCUGGACAGUAUCUUUGCAGACGAGAGCUCCUACAUCGAAUCUCGUGUUGUUAGCAUGUCCAGUGGUAGCAUCAGGGUCCAAUACGUCCUUGUCUUCACUGAGGACACCAACGUGACCGUAGAUGUGGUUUCUAACCAGAUGAGAGCGAGUAUUGCUGCAGACGGCGAGAUUGCAAGCAGCGCCCUCUAUAUUAGGCUGUCGUCCCUGUCUGUUGCUAGUAAUUUAUGUCCAGCCGAUUAUUGUAAAAAUGGCGGCACCUGUUCACCAGAUCCUGUGACAUAUGAAAACAACUGCAUAUGUGAGAGUGCGUUCUCUGGCAACCGCUGUGAGGUCGAGGAUGAUUGGUCACCAUUGGUCAUUGCCAUGGUAACGGUUGCUGGGAUACUCUUCCUGAUCCUGGUUGGCCUGUUCAUCUCCUGCUGCAUUUUCCUAGGCAAACGCCUAGAGGAGAAGAAGGAGCCCAAGUAUGCAGGUGAUUUGGAGGGACGGGACUCAUUUCUCAAAGUGUCUCAGCCUGUGCUUCCCUGGAGAUCCUCGUCACCCUCCACUGAUGAGCCACCCCAUCACCCUAGAGGUAGUCAUGUCUCCACAAGCUUUGCUGUACAGUCCAUCCGUGUGGAUGGUGGUGCUGGCUGCUACAGGCACAGCGGAGAUGUUCGGAAUGGCCAACAGUCCUCUACGUUCAUCCGACCUUACAUAGUAACAGGCAAAGAAGCUGCCGAGCACUAAUGAUAGCCUGCGGCAUCAUGAUAUCGAUAACUGCUUGGAAGGGUGUAUGUUUGGUUAGAUGUCGUAGAUGUUGGGACAACUCCAGGAAGACACAUUGCCACCGACAUACAGUUACAGUAUUAAUAUAGUGUAUCUGUUGACUCCAUUGUAAGCGUCAUUAAGCGUCGUUUUCAUGUGGUUGUAAUGAAUGCCAACGGCAAGCAAUAUUACGAAUAGAGGAAAAGAGGCAAUAUGUGUGGUACUAAAUAAGCGAAACGGACAUUGUCGCGUGAGUGCCAUACCAGAGUGCAUGUUUGUAUGUGGCUACUCCGGUAGCUUAAUGUAGACAAUUGUCAGAGUUGAACAUUACAUGUCCUAGCUUUCCUGAACUGUCUGUGUCCAUUUUUGAAUCAGUCACGAUUAAGCAUUUCCAUUAAGUAUAGUUAGGAAGUGACCAUUGAUGCUCUCUGCUUCGCUUUCAUCAAUAUUGAAACUAGAUUUAACCGGAAGGAGUAACUUGAAACUCAUAGGGAUGAUUUUGUUCUAGCUUUUUAGUGGAUAAUAAAAGGUUGACUUACGCUUAUGGAAAGAAAAUGAGUCAUGUGGAUUAGUAUGUAGCAUUUCUUGCAUAUUCUUGGUAUUAAAUGUACUAUUCUUAUGUCUUUAGGCCUAUGGUUACUUGAGUUUAACGUGUAUGUGAAUAUUGAAACCUGUUUUUACUUCAAAUUAGGUAUUUUAAUGCUGCUUUUUUUGCUGUAUAUUUUGGUAAUUUGUGUUUAAUAUUCUAUUAACAUCUAUAUUUUUAUGACUUUGUAUAAGAGGUUAUUCGUACAAGAAGGAAGUACUUCAGUCACCAAGGACUAAGGUAUCGGUAAGCCCCUAUUAUGUUGUGUUUAAAGGUGCAUACUGCACGAGGUAGACGCAUGCAAUGCCAAGUAUUCUGCUGUAAUUUGUAAACAGCAUCGCUCGUCAAUUUUUAUGAAGGGAGCAGACUGACCAUCAGUUUGGGUGCUAAACGCACCCAAACUUUCUCUCACAAGGUAAAAAAUAAUUAUGGUUGACUUACAUUUUCAGUCUGCACCCAAUUUUGGGUUGUCAAAAAAUUACUUGCUAAUUUUUUUUUCACCCGUUGUUUUUUUAAAUUGUUCUCUGAAAUGAAACUGUGAAGAGGUGCCAGACAAUAUUAGCUUAUGGUGUUCUCUCAAAUAAAAGCGGAAAGUGCCAGCUAGCAUUUA